GGGCGAGGUUUCCGGUGUUGUGACUGAAACCCGUCAAUAUGGCGGCGAUCGGCCGCGGCCGCUCUCUCAAGAACCUCCGAAUACGAGGGCGGAAUGACAGCGGCGAGGAGAACGUUCCGCUGGAUCUGACCCGAGAACCUUCUGAUAACUUAAGAGAGAUUCUCCAAAAUGUGUCCAAAUUACAAGGAGUAUCAAAUAUGAGAAAGCUAGGUCAUCUAAAUAACUUUACUAAGCUGCUCUGUGAUAUUGGCCACAGUGAAGAGAAACUGGGCUUCAACUAUGAAGAUAUCAUAAUUUGUUUGCGCUUAGCUUUACUAAAUGAAGCAAAAGAAGUCCGAGCAGCAGGGCUCCGGGCACUUCGGUAUCUCAUCCAAGACUCCAGUAUUCUGCAGAAGGUGCUAAGACUGAAAGUGGACUAUUUAAUAGCUAGGUGCAUUGACAUUCAGCAGAGCAACGAGGUGGAGCGGACACAAGCACUCCGACUGGUCAGAAAGAUGAUCACUGUGAAUGCCUCCCUGUUUCCUAGUUCCGUGGCCAACUCAUUAAUAGCAGUUGGGAAUGAUGGACUUCAAGAACGAGACAGAAUGGUUCGAGCAUGCAUUGCUAUUAUCUGUGAACUAGCACUUCAGAAUCCAGAAGUGGUGGCCCUUCGAGGUGGACUUAACACCAUCUUGAAAAAUGUGAUUGACUGCCAGUUGAGUCGAAUCAAUGAGGCCCUCAUUACUACGAUUUUACAUCUCCUUAAUCACCCGAAGACCCGACAGUAUGUGCGAGCUGAUGUAGAAUUAGAGCGCAUUUUAGCACCCUAUACUGAUUUUCACUACAGACAUAGUCCAGAUACAGCUGAAGGACAGCUAAAGGAAGACAGAGAAGCACGGUUCCUGGCCAGUAAAAUGGGAAUCAUAGCAACAUUCAGGUCCUGGGCAGGUAUUAUUAAUUUAUGUAAACCUGGAAACUCUGGAAUCCAGUCUCUAAUUGGAGUACUUUGCAUACCAAAUAUGGAAAUACGGCGAGGUUUGCUUGAAGUGCUUUAUGACAUAUUCCGUCUCCCUUUGCCUGUGGUCACUGAGGAGUUCAUAGAAGCACUGCUCAGUGUAGAUCCAGGAAGGUUCCAGGACAGCUGGCGGCUUUCGGAUGGCUUUGUAGCAGCUGAAGCAAAAACUAUUCUUCCUCAUCGUGCCAGAUCCAGGCCGGAUCUCAUGGAUAAUUAUUUGGCACUGAUACUAUCUGCAUUUAUUCGUAAUGGACUUUUAGAGGGUUUGGUUGAAGUGAUAACCAACAGUGAUGACCACAUCUCAGUUCGAGCUACCAUCCUUCUAGGAGAGCUUUUGCAUAUGGCAAACACGAUUCUUCCUCAUUCACACAGCCAUCAUUUGCACUGCUUGCCAACCCUAAUGAAUAUGGCUGCAUCCUUUGAUAUACCCAAGGAAAAGAGACUGCGAGCCAGUGCGGCAUUAAACUGUCUAAAACGUUUCCAUGAAAUGAAGAAGCGAGGACCCAAGCCUUAUAGCCUUCAUUUAGAUCACAUUAUUCAAAAAGCAAUUGCAACACACCAGAAGCGGGAGUAUCUUCGAGUUCAGAAAGAUAUAUUUGUUCUUAAGGACACAGAAGAAGCUCUUCUAACAAACCUCAGAGAUAGCCAAGUCCUUCAGCAUAAGGAGAAUCUUGAGUGGAACUGGAAUCUCAUAGGGACCAUUCUUAAGUGGCCAAAUGUCAAUCUAAGAAACUAUAAAGAUGAGCAAUUACACAGGUUUGUACGAAGACUACUUUAUUUUUACAAACCCAGUAGUAAAUUAUAUGCCAACCUGGAUUUGGAUUUUGCCAAGUCCAAACAGCUCACAGUUGUGGGUUGCCAGUUUACAGAAUUUCUUCUUGAGUCUGAAGAGGAUGGGCAAGGAUACUUAGAAGACCUGGUUAAGGAUAUUGUCCAGUGGCUGAAUGCUGCUUCUGGAAUGAAGCCUGAACGAAGUCUUCAGAGCAAUGGUUUAUUAACUACUCUUAGUCAACACUACUUUUUAUUUAUUGGGACACUUUCUUGCCACCCUCAUGGAGUCAAGAUGUUGGAAAAAUGCAGUGUUUUUCAGUGCCUGCUUAAUCUUUGCUCCCUGAAAAACCAAGAUCACUUGCUGAAACUGACUGUUUCCAGCUUGGACUAUAGCAGAGAUGGAUUGGCCAGAGUUAUCCUUUCCAAAAUCCUGACUGCAGCUACUGAUGCUUGCAGGCUGUAUGCAACAAAACAUUUAAGGGUAUUACUUAGAGCGAAUGUUGAAUUCUUCAAUAAUUGGGGAAUUGAGUUGUUAGUAACUCAGCUGCAUGAUAAAAACAAGACGAUUUCCUCUGAAGCUCUGGAUAUCCUGGAUGAAGCGUGUGAAGACAAGGCCAACCUUCAUGCUCUUAUUCAGAUGAAACCAGCUCUAUCCCACCUUGGAGACAAGGGUUUACUUCUCCUCCUGAGAUUUCUCUCCAUUCCAAAAGGAUUUUCCUAUCUGAAUGAAAGGGGUUAUGUAGCCAAACAGUUGGAAAAGUGGCACAAGGAAUAUAAUUCAAAGUAUGUUGACUUGAUUGAGGAACAACUUAAUGAAGCACUUACUACUUAUCGGAAGCCCAUCGACGGUGAUAACUAUGUUCGUCGGAGUAAUCAAAGGUUACAACGUCCUCAUGUGUACCUGCCUGUACACCUUUAUGGACAACUGGUACACCACAAAACGGGAUGCCAUUUGUUGGAAGUACAGAAUAUUAUUACAGAACUAUGUCACAAUGUUCGGACUCCAGAUUUGGAUAAAUGGGAAGAUAUUAAAAAACUGAAAGCAUCUCUUUGGGCCUUGGGAAAUAUUGGCUCAUCAAAUUGGGGCCUGAACUUGCUGCAAGAAGAAAAUGUGAUUCCAGAUAUACUUAAACUUGCAAAGCAUUGUGAGGUUCUUUCCAUCAGAGGGACGUGUGUAUAUGUACUUGGGCUCAUAGCUAAAACCAAACAAGGCUGUGAUAUCCUAAAAUGUCACAAUUGGGAUUCUGUGCGGCAUAGUCGCAGACAGCUGUGGCCAGUGGUUCCUGAUGAUGUGGAUCAGCUCUGUAAUGAACUCUCAUCGAUUCCAAGCACCUUAAGUUUGAACUCAGAGUCAACCAGCUCUAGACAUAAUAGUGAAAGUGAAUCUGCACCAUCAAGUAUGUCUGUCCUGGAGGAUGAGCGGUUUGGCAGCAGCUCUACUAGCACGUUCUUCCUUGACAUCAAUGAGGAUGCAGAGCCGUCAUUUUAUGACCGACCUGGACCCAUAAAGGAUAAAAACUCGUUCCCUUUCUUUGCUUCUAGUAAGCUUGUCAAGAAUCGUAUCUUAAAUUCACUUACCUUGCCUAAUAAGAAACAUCGCAGUAGCAGUGAUCCGAAAGGAGGGAAACUGUCGUCUGAGAACAAGACAAGCAACAGACGCAUCAGGACAUUCACGGAGCCCAGUGUGGACUUUAAUCACAGUGAUGAUUUCACACCCGUGUCCACAGUGCAGAAAACAUUACAAUUAGAGACUUCAUUUGUUGGGAAUAAGCACGCGGAAGACACCGGUAGUACACCAAGUAUCGGAGAAAACGACUUGAAGUUUACCAAGAGUUUUGGCACAGAAAACCACAGAGAAAACACAAGCCGAGAAAGGUUAGUUGUAGAAAGUUCAACGAGCUCACACAUGAAGAUACGAAGCCAAAGUUUUAACACAGACACUACAACGAGUGGCAUUAGUUCCAUGAGCUCUAGUCCUUCUCGAGAGACUGUAGGUGCAGAUGCCACCACUGUGGACACAGACUGCGGGAGUAUGAGUACUGUGGUAAGUACCAAAACUGUUAAGACGAGCCACUAUCUGACGCCACAGACUAACCAUCUGUCUCUCUCCAAGUCCAACUCGGUGUCCCUGGUGCCUCCAGGUUCUUGUCAUACGCUUCCCAGAAGAGCACAGUCCCUUAAAGCACCCUCAAUUGCUACAAUUAAAAGUCUAGCAGAUUGUAACUUUAGCUACACAAGUUCUAGAGACGCCUUUGGCUAUGCUACACUGAAAAGGUUACAGCAGCAGAGGAUGCACCCGUCAUUAUCUCAUUCGGAAGCUCUGGCAUCUCCAGCGAAAGACGUGCUGUUCACCGACACCAUCACCAUGAAGGCCAACAGUUUUGAGUCCAGAUUAACACCAAGCAGGAUCGAUUUUAAAAAGAAGCAUGUCGGGGGAAUCAGGAGCUUAAGACCUACAAUAACAAACAACCUUUUCAGGUUCAUGAAAGCUUUAAGUUAUGCAUCAUUGGAUAAGGAAGAUUUAUUAAGUCCUAUUAAUCAAAACACAUUGCAGCGGUCCUCCUCGGUGAGGUCCAUGGUGUCCAGCGCUACAUACGGUGGUUCAGAUGACUACAUUGGCCUUGCCCUUCCGGUGGACAUCAAUGAUAUAUUCCAGGUAAAGGAUAUUCCCUAUUUUCAGACCAAAAACCUACCUCCACAAGAUGAACGAGGCUCAAGAAUGUUCUCCCAUGACGCUGGAGGUCUUGCAUCUGGAACUGGAGGUCUUGUGAAAAACUCUUUUCACUUGCUACGACAGCAGAUGAGUCUUACGGAAAUAAUGAAUUCAAUCCAUUCAGAUGCUUCUAUGAUUUUAGAAAGUACGGAGGACACCGGCCUGCAAGAGCAUACGGAUGACAACUGCCUCUACUGCGUCUGUAUUGAAAUUCUCGGCUUUCAGCCCAGUCAUCAACUAAGUGCAGUUUGCAGUCAUUCAGACCUUCAAGAUAUCCCGUAUUCUGACUGGUGUGAGCAGCCUAUCCACAACCCCUUAGAAGCGGCUCCUUCUAAGUUCUCAGGCAUCUCUGGCUGCAGUGAUGGCGUGUCGCAGGAGGGCUCAGCAGGCAGCACCAGAAGCACAGACCUGCUCCUGGGUGUUAAAACAAUCCCAGAUGAUACACCAAUGUGCCGUAUACUCCUUCGCAAGGAAGUUUUAAGAUUAGUUGUUAAUUUGAGUAGCUCAGUUUCAACUAAAUGCCAUGAGACUGGACUUCUAACAAUUAAGGAGAAAUAUCCUCAAACCUUUGAUGACAUAUGCCUUUACUCUGAGGUUUCCCAUUUGCUGUCACACUGCACAUUUAGACUUCCAUGUCGGAGGUUCAUACAAGAAUUAUUUCAAGAUGUACAGUUUUUACAGAUGCAUGAAGAAGCAGAGGCUGUGUUGGCAAUCCCACCAAAGCAACCUGUAGUUGAUACAUCUGCUGAAUCCUGACCUCAUAUUUAUGAUGUAUAUAGAAACAGACUGUAUAGAUUCAUACUUGUGGAUUUCCUAUACGCCUCAUGACAUGCUGACUGGGCAGCUGACGGGAGCAUCUUCUGUACACUGUUCCAGCAGUUACUGGUACACGAACAGUUGAAACUGCUGACAUCCCUAACCAAACAGCUUCCCUCUGGCCCCUGCGGGCCCUGGGAAGGCUGCAGGCCUUGACCAGUGGGAAGAGUUCCACUUACCAUUGUAUGCAAGAGCCGAGCACUGAACACCUUCAUGGAUUUGCUAUCUUUCCAUCUGAAAACUAAAGCAGUGGAACAGUGAUAGGAGACGCGGAAGCACCCUUCACACAGUUGUUUCAGAGUCUGCUUCUUAGAGUGACUGUCAGGAUGUGUAGUUUGUUGACUCGGUCGGCCACCCGGCAGUCAGUGUCUUGAAGGCCGCAUCCUCUUACUACAGUGGGGGGUGCUGGAACUGCCGGUUACGCAGGGGAACUUCGGCCCUCCCCGUUCUCCUGUAAGGUUUCUAACACUACUUCAGAGGUUUGCAACCUCAAAGUUAAAGAAGAACCUCAACAACCUGGGACGUUUAAGUUAUUAUUAAUUUUUUUUUGUUAUUACACUUGCAUAAUUAUUCUUGACUUGGUUUCUGUCUUUUCAGUUUGUUUGCGGUGGGUUGUUAUAGGGUAUUUGAACCAACUGAGGUUUUUCACUACAGUUUCUGACUGAAAUCAGAACAUAAUGUUGUAAUUGGAUUGAAAAUCUUCCCCGUUUAUAGCAAGCAUGUGUUUUCACUGGACUUGUGUUUCCAUCAGCUUCCCAAGUUGUAAUUGUAAACGAGAACUUGAACUAGCGGCCGUUUCAUUCAGACCUAAAGCUAAAGAAAGCAUUAAAUAACACUUUGGGUCUCCUGAGGAAGAGAGACGUUAUCUUACAGUGUACACAUUCCGUGGGAAAACAAGAGCCAUAUUUCCUUUUAAGAAAUCAUUAGUGAAAUAUCAGUAAGAUUAAAAAUUGUAGUGAAAAGCCUUAAGUACCAAAUUCUACAGCAGCAGUAAUUGAACGUUUCUGUCCGUGUUCUUGUUUUGCACACGCUAGAAGCAGUGGUAGGUGAGUUGGAGUUCAGUAGUUGCCUUUAUCACAUUUGUCAAGUUGAUAACAGCAAGAUUUUGUUUAAUUUGUAUAUGUAUAAAGAUAUUUGGAAGUCAUUACAGGAAUUAAACAUAUAUGCAAAUUUGUAUAUAAGACAGCAUGGCCAUCUUUAGAAUGCUUGUAAAUGAAAGGAAUAUCUUUUUGAGACCUAUCUCUCUAUCUAUCUAAUCUAUAUGUAAGUAUAAGCAGAAAAAGAUCCAGCUGGACUGAUUAGGGCCCUUUUAAAAUUCAUUUGUUUAUGCCAUUUUUACAAGUACACAUCCGCUCAGACACAGGCAUUGCUUACUAUUUUCCCAUGACAUAUGGACUUUUUUUGUAAUAGGCUUGCUCUUUGAGAUUUCUGUAAAGAACCCUGUGAACUUCAAAGGAAAAAAAAAAAUCGGAGAUACUUUUUCUUCUUGAUUUGCUGGCACUGAAAGUUCCACGCGGGAGGAUGCAUUUCAUCUCGCUCCCUCACACCUCUGACCCGCACUUUGGCCAAUUGUUGUUCUGUGCACUGUAGCAACUUACAUUAUAAACAACGCAGAUAAGGGCUGUAGGCUGCUGCUUAGCUUAACAAGCAGCUUCUCAGAUUUUCUCUCAUAAAAUCCAGUGAAGAUAAAAUAAUUUUUUAACUUUAUCACUGAACCCAAGUGUUUGAGUGUGAGCAGCACUUCUAAGAACGCUGCCUGUCCUGUCGGUCUUUGGUCUGGGAUAAUCAAACUGCCUUUUCCGGAGAACCAAAUGUCAGAAAUACUAGACCAAAUAGUGGUUGCAAACUCCAAAGGAAGCAAUGUAGUAAUCUUAUUCAGAAAUAAGAUUAAUAUUUUAGACAUUCAUUUUAAACACUACCUCAGUUAACAUAGAGUAUAAAAAGAAAUCUGGGGUUUAACCCCUUAAAAAUUAACAGUGAUUUUUGUUGUCGCGCACAACCGUGCCCAUUUCUGUACCCUCCCUUCCCCCUUGGUCAUCCAUCCUGCAAUUAAGGCUUAAUUACCAUUAGGCUGAACAGUUUUGGGACUGUUAUUUUGUAAGAUGUGUUAUGUCUUCAUGUUUUCAUGUCUGCCUGUACAGCACUUACCUUGGGGAAAUAAUCAGAGCUUGUCGCUACUAGGAUGGUAAGAAAAAGAUGUCCACACUCGUAGUGCUGUUUGGUUUAUCCAUGGUUUCACAGACAGGUCCGAUACGUUUCCUUUGAGUACUUGUUCGUAUAAAAGUAGACUUUUAUGAUGAAAAAUAUAUACAGUGCCAAGUGAUUAACUUAGAUGUUUAAAAAUACUAAAUUGUAGUGAAAAUGAUUAGGAAUGGUGUCAGUGGUAACAGAAAUCAUUGAGAAAAUCUAUAAAUAAUAGAUAUUGCCAGAUUAUAGAAUACCAAAAUAAUAUCAAUAGGUUUUCACUAUUUUAGAAUUAAUCUUAGUCCAUUUAAAUUUGUCACAUUGCUAAUAAUUUGAAGGAGUCUGGGCAGUUGCACUUGCCGUAAACUGUGAAUUUCUAAUUGUAAAUUGUCAUUUCUAAUUCAAUUUUGUUUUUCAGAUUUCAGCUUCACAAAUGAAGUAAAUAUAAAUAAUGGAAUUAGAAAUUUAAUAUUUGUAAUUAAAUAUGGUCUACAAUUUAUUGUGCUUUAUUUCCUAUUUAUUCUUAGGUAAAUUUGAGUGAGUGGGGGAAGCUGUCCUCCCUAAAGUAAGUUUUCUAAUAAGAACUUUCUGUAAAACGUUGACAUUAAGGAGGCUCGUAGGAAGCGCGCAGAUCUGAUAACACAGGGAUGCUUGCAGAUCCCUUCAAAGCAGCAGCUUUAGUAGUUUCCAGCUCUUUCUGGAGCUUGAGAUCAUUAAAGCUGAGUCUUACAGGGCAUGUCACGAAGUGUUCAAUAACAAGAUGUCAAUGCAAUUUAUUUACAUUUAUCUACUGCUAUUUAUAUAAAAUUUUAUUUCAUUCCAUUCAGAGGAUGCCUUUUAUCCCCAUGGUAAAGCACAGAUCAUUAAGCAAUAAAAACCAAAUUGUCUGUUAUUCAAAUUAUAACUGCAACUAUUUUUGCAUGAUAGGAGUGAGGUGCUAAUUUUGUGUGAGGUGAAUCCUGUUAACUACUUUGGGAGGUGUUUUUUGGAAGUGAGCUGUUCUCCCCUUUAGUCCUGUGCUUCCAGUUGGCCGCAGAUUCACAAUCUGUUAAGGAAAGAAGGGGAAAGAAGACAGGAUAACUGAGGAAUUUUUAUGAGAAGGAAUAUUUGGAAUAAACGUGUCAUUUUCCAAAAUGUAAGUAAAGAAAGAUUCCCAUUUUCUUGAUAUUCACAGAAUAUAUUGUUACCAUCUUAAUUUUCAAGAGUCACUGUAGUGAGAAUUUUGUUAUGAAGCCUACUGGUGAAAUUUAAUAGCCGUACUUUAUCAGAGAACAUUGAAAUCUGUGAGAAUUUUUCUCGAAACGUUCUUCCUUUUCCUUUAGUUCCAGGUUCCCGGGGAAACCUUCGUUCCUAGUAGGUUUAUACUGAUUCACAGAAUGUAGACACCCUCCCCCAUUGGAGGAUUUUGUGAUGGAGGUGGCCAGCUAUGCCACAGCAUGCACAAGUUGCACAUUUUGUUUGACUUUCUUUAUAAAAUAUUUAAUUUGAGAAACGUAAUUUAUGCCAAAAAAAAAAAAAGCCGACCUAACAGUUUUGCCAUAUAACUAGGUUGAUUUAGCACAAACUGCAAAGUUGUGGGGGGUAGAGAGAGAGCAGGCGUUCACAGGUAAGAGCUGAGAAGUGUUCCGUUAUCGGCCUGUCAAACCCAGGGCUGCACUGUAAAACACCUGGUGUAAAUUGCUUUGAAAAAGUGGUGAGGGAUUAUGGAGCAGAACAAGAUCUCAGACUGAGUGUUCUCUAACCACAGGAUUUUGUUCUUUUUUAUUUAGUAAUACGCUGCUACAUAUUUGGAGGUUCUGAUAUUUGUAGGUCACUGAACAGAUAUUGAAAUCUGAUUUAUAUUGUAUAACUGUAACAUAGAAAGACAAAGUAUUUCUAUAUUUUCUGUAAGAAUAUUUCAUUGAGUUGUGUAUAAUUUAAAUAAGACUUGUCCCCACAUGGUUUAGCUCACUUUGAUUUUUUUUUGUUGUUGUUGUUGUGGUGGUUUUCGUUGUAUUUGUAUAAUGUGUACAGUUUAUGUCAAGGGCAUUAAAGGCCUCCUAAAGCAUAAUCUUAUCAAAGGGAUACGUUGUUAAUAAAAUGUACGGAAAAUUC